CUAAUAGGUUCAAAAAAAAUGGAAGAUGAUAAACCUUACAAAAAAAAACUCUUUAUGUUAAAAAAACAAAUUAAGGGGCAUUAAUUAACCAAUCACAAAGUUGGGACAUUAAUUAAGGGGCUUGGUAUUACAAAUAGAACUAUCGUGAAAUAACACAAUGACCCUCUCUCUACAUGUGCACACGGUACCUUUUUUUUUUUUUACUGAAUUCGGCUUAGAUUAAUAACCAAUACUCCGUAAUUCAGAGUAUGGGUCAACUGACAAAAAGAAAACUGAUAACCGUUAUCCCUCGAACCAGACUCGGAAUUAAUCACCGUAGCAAUAAAAUUCGCUGAUCCAUAACCGGGAAACAAAAAGGCAUAAACGGUUACCAUAUUCCUCUCACCCCCCAUAUCCAAAAUCAACGUCUUACAAACUGGAAAAUAAACGAAAAAGCAAAUACCAAAACAGGACCAAACAACAUACAAUUUGACAGAAAAACACAAACUGGAUAAAACGAAAUUAAAAUAGAAAUCACUCAUCUUCUUCCAAACUCUAGAUUUGCUUGCACUCCACGCCGUCCACGGCGGCGGCUCGGGAGGGGGACGUGCCCGCCGUUCAUCCGCCACAACUUCAACAUCAGCUUUAUUCAGAUCCAGUUCUUCUUUGUCCACAAAGCUUCCCAUACCGAAAAGAGAAAACUCAAACGAAAAUCCAAAACUCGUUUCCACCUCCAUAUCCGCCGACGAAGCGGGCUUAUACCGAUGUCGCAUAAGUCUUCAAGCAACACGCCCAAUUCGAAGGAAGACUGAAGCCUUCACCUUGUUGUCCGUCAAUACUCCAAACAAAAAGCACUUUCAACAAAUAAAAGACGUGAUGGCUAGCCAAGAAAGCUCGCCGCCGGACAAAGCACCUCUAACAAAUAAAAGACGUGGUGGCUAGCCAAGAAAGCUUGCCGCCGGACCCUACGGUGGGGGGGGAUGCGAGGAUUGUGCGCUAAAUUGCAGGCAUUUAAGGCAGAUUUAAAAAGCUGGAACCGAGAUGUUUUUGGUGACAUUUUUUCAUCCAUUCAGAAACUGGAAGUGGAGGCUUUGGCUGCGGAAAAGGACUACGAAGAGUCCCCUACUGAUUAUACCAGGGCAGCUUGUCAGAAAAAACAAGCGGAGCUCAUUUUGAGGAUCAAGCAACAAGAAAUUUUUUGGAAACAAAAAGCCAAUGUAAAAUGGUUUAAACAAGGGGAUGCAAAUACAAAAAUUUUCCAUGAGGCUGUACGAGAUAAGAUCCGAAGGCAGCACAUUCAGGCUAUUAAAAAAUCUAAUGGUGAUUGGUGCUAUGAUCCAGAAGAGAUAGGCAGGGAGGCAGUUGAUUAUUUUUCUAAUCUCUAUGCGAAAGGCCAGACCCAUGAUUUCGGGAGGAUGUUACAAUAUAUUCCUAAGAUUCUGGAUGGGGCUGAUAAUGGCAUUCUAUCAAAGAUACCAGGAGAAGAGGAAAUUAGGGAGGCAGUAUGGAGUCUGAGUCAGGAUGCAGCGCCGGGAUGGUUUUGGAGGGAGCUUUUAUAGAGGGUGUUGGGAUAUAAUCAAGAGAGAUGUGAUUAUGGCGGUUCAGGAAUUUUUUCUGGGUUUUGAUAUACCUAAAGGUGUGGGUAGCGUAAGCAUGUUUUUGAUACCCAAAAAGAAAACCCCCACUUCAUUUGGAGAUUUCCGCCCUAUUUGCCUUUCUACCUUCAUAAGCAAAAUUAACACUCGAAUCUUGGCAUCCAGAAUGGCAACUAUUUUACAUAAAAUUAUUUCUAAGGAGCAGUCUGGCUUCAUGAAGGGAAGAGAAAUCAGAAACCAGGUUCUGGUGGCGAUGGAGAUGUUGCAGUCUUGAUAAAAAAGUGAGGGCCUCGAAUGUGGUUGUAAAACUUGAUAUGACUAAAGCUUUCGAUAGGGUGGAUUGGGAUUUUUUGGAUUCUGUCCUAGAUAAAUUUGGCUUUGAGUUGAGACUCAGAAAGUUGAUUUUGGGUAAUCUUAGGUAGGCCUGUCAAUGGGCCGGGUCUAGACCCGGACCCGACCCGGACCCAGUUGUUUUUAACGGGUAUGGGUCCUUAUUUUAUUCCGUUUUCCCGGACCCGGACCCGGACCCGUUAGUACUUUUAAUAAAUGGGUCGGGUAUGGUACUUAUGAUUCCGACCCGUUAAGGACCCGGACCCGUUUAAAAUUUCUUAUUAGUAUAUAUACACACACUAAUACAUAAAGAGAUUAAUUAUAAUACUUCAAAUAAAAAUACAAACUAAUAUAUAUAUAAAGUGAUUAGUUUUAAUUCUUUGAUUAAAAAAGAAACGAAUUAAUACAUACAUAAUGUAUAAGUGAUAAUAUAGUAGUACGUAGUAUAUAAUAUGCUUUUAUUCCAAAAGAAUUUUUUGUGACCUAAUUUCUAGUCUAAUAUACGAGUUUUCUGUGGGAGAGAAAGAGACACAAAGUGCAGAAUUGUACGCAUCUACAAGACCCGAUAUUUUAUUGAAUAAAAGUACUAAUUUUCUAUGAUAAACCUUGAUUUUUUUUGAAAAGUGAAGAUAUAUUUUGCUUUUAAAUUUGUGCACUUUGAUUUACAUUUCAUAUACAUGUUUUGCUAUUUUUAAAAAAUUAUAUAAUGUUCUGUCAAAAAAAAGUUAUAUAAUGUUGUGCAUAUGAUACUUGGCGGGUCUACCCGACCCGGUUCCGAGACCCGUUGGGUCCGGGUCCAAAUUUUUAGACCCGCCGGGUAAACGUGUCAGGUCCGGGUCCUUUAUUUACUUAGCGGGUCCGGGUCUGGAACACUACGUUCCGACCCGGACCCGACCCUUUGACAGGUCUUAGGAGUACCUUUAUAUCUAUUCUAAUUAAUGGCGUGCCUUUUGGUUUUUUCAAGCCUUUUAGGGGGUCAAACAGGGAGACCCACUGUCUCCUUUGUUAUUUAUAAUCGUUUCUGAAGCUUUUUCUAGAGGGUUGAACAGGCUGAUGCAAGGAGGAGAUAUUGCAGGUGUUAAUAUUGGAAGGGGCAUCCAGAUCACUCACCUAGCUUUUGCGGAUGACCUUGUGAUAUUUUUGAAUGGAUCGACCAGGUCCAUUAAAAUUUUGGUUUUUGCAAGACUAUCAAGAUGCUUCUGGCCAAUUGGUUAACAAAGAAAAAAGCAGUUUUGUGGUAGGCAAGCAUACUUCAGUGGGAAGAACAUUACAUAUUGAAAACGAGUUGAAAAUGAAGUCUGCUAAACUGCCUAUUAAAUACCUAGGGGUUCCUCUCCAUAAAGGUAUUACACGUAUAGCCCACUGUAAGGAAUUGCUGGAAAACUUUGAUAAUAAAUUAUCAAGUUGGAAAAUGAAGAUGUUGUCACAAGGGGGGCGGCUAAUUUUGAUUAAGCAUGUGCUUAACUCGAUCCCUUUACAUGUGGUUUCAGUGACUAACAUACCUGUGGCAGUUGUGAAUAUGAUUAAUUUGAUGAUUGCAAAUUUCUUCUGGGGAACCAGAGACAAUAAACCUAAGUAUCCCUGGGCAAAGCUAAAAAGGCUUUGUAAGCCUACGGUUAAUGGUGGUAUGGGUAUUCGGUCCAUAACUGACAUUCAAAAGAUUCAUGCUAUGAAAGUGUGGUGGGAUUUUCAGAAAGGCCAAUCCAUUUGGACUGACUUAAUGCAGAGCAGAUAUGGUACACGACAUUUGGGAGAGGUAAAACCAACCGAUUCCCCGUCUUGGAGAAGAAUUUGUUUCAUCCAUGAAGAGGCAGAAGUUAUGGUUAUUAGGGGGCCUAACUCUAUUACCUGGAAGCAUACAAAAGAGGGAGUCUUUACAACAAAGUCUGCAUAUAUGGCUCUAUGGCAGCAGGGGGGGCAGUGCAUUAUCUAAUACACAGAUAUGGAAUCCUAGACAAGUGCCUAAAAUAAGGGUAUUUUUAUGGAGGCUAUGGCAUAAAUGCCUACCAUUUCCAGAAAAACUUGCAAUCUUCUCAAUAGUAUAUCCUACCAUGUGUCCUUUUUGUAAAGAAGCAAGUAUUUCUGAAGACCACAUAUCCUUCUUCUUUGUCCAUUAGCUCAAUCAGUUUGGAAUUUCUAUUCGAACACCUUGUUACAGAGAGGGGCGUCAGUUAAGAGCAUCAAACUAGAACUAAUGAGAUGGUGGGUUACCAAAUCUGGAGAUACGAUGGAGGCAACAUACGCGAUGGUCUUACCUGGUGUCAUUACGUGGCUUUUAUUGAAGGAGUAUUGGGAUUCGGUCUGGAAUGGCGUAAUUCCGAAGGUGGAAGGUUUGCUCAGGAAAAUUCAAAAAUUCAUGUUAGAAUGGUGCUAUGCAAACGAAAAUCUUAGAGGAAAUGAGAGGUUGAAGGAAUUAGGGCUUAUUCCCACCUCUUUUCGAAGGAAAAAACCGCAGAUCUUCCGAUGGGUGAAGUCUCAAUUUCCAUGCCUAAAGCUUAAUUGGGCGAUUUUCAGGGGCAGUGGCAAAUCCUCAGCUGGUUUCUUAUUACGAGAUCAUGCAGGAGCAGUAGUAGCGGCAGAGGGCUUCCCGUUGAGUGGCACAGUGAAGAAGGAAGAAGUGUUGGCUAUGGCGGUGGAUUGGGGGGAGACUCUACGGUUUCCUGAUUUGGAGAUCGAGUCCUCUUUCUCGAAGAUGAAUCAGGUGGGCUGUAAGUAUCUGGGCCGCUUUGCUGGAUCUCUCACUUUCUCAUUAAUUCCGGGCCCCGUUAACUUGGCAGCGGAAAUUGUAGCAAGACUGGGCCUCAAUGGGGUUUUCUACUGGAAGAAGGGAGAUGUUUUGCCCAAAGAGCUUGGGGGUGCUAUAAAAUUAGAUGCUUCAUCAAUUCCAUAUGUUUAUUUUUAGUUAUGUUUUUUCUUAUUUGUUGCUCUAUAUUGGGCUUCUUUUUGCUAAGGGUAAGGCUUUUAGUCCCCCCUUGUGGAAUCUGCUUUAUUUUGAUGUUUUAAUAAUAUCCGGUAAAUGUUCCCCGACAUUUACCCCACUGAUUUUGGUGGUUUGCCUACCGGAUUAAAAAAAAAAAC